AACUUUGAGAGAGAGAAAGAGAGAGAGAGAGAUCCCACAUAUCUCUGCCUAUUUCCACCUUCGUCAUCUCUCUCUCUCUCCUCGUUCUUUCUCUCUCUAAAAUCUCAUAGCAGAAGAAGGUGGGUUCUCCACUCCUCAUUGCAAACCAGAAGCCUCUUCUAUCAGCUUAGCAGUACAUCAGCGCAGUUGGGUUCCUUCCUCUUUCUCUUUCUUUGCAUAGUUCUUUCAGUGAUUUCAAAAUUAGGGUUUUUGAUUUUCAAUCUUUUGCUGCUGCGAAUUACCAAGUUCCGCACCCCCAGAACGAUUGGUUUUCUGAUAUUUUUUUCCCUCACUUGAUCUUUUGGAAUUAGGGUUUUUGGGGGUUUGGGUGUUUCGUUAGAUAUUAAUUGAGAUGUAUGCUGAUCGAGAGGACGCUGAGAACAGGAGAUCGAUAAAGGACCGUCUUAAUGGUAGCUUUAGAGAUGACUUUACUCGACGCCGUCAAGUCACCGGUAAAAGGCAGAGGCAAGAUGACAAAUGGGAACAUGAUCUUUAUGAUGAUAAUGAACCUCAAGUUUCAAAUAACAAAAUUGAUUCCCGAGAUCUUCGUUUGAAGCUCCAAAGGAAAAAUCAACAAGCUUCUGUAAGUGGAAGAGGGUCUCAUUCAGGCGUGAGAGAUCUCCGUGAAAGGCUAUCCGGUAGUAUGCAUCCACAACCUGUGAAUUAUGAUCCACCUAAGCCUAGACUGGAGUCCGCCAAGCCAGCCAGGAAAAGUGUCACCAUCGUUCAAGCAUCUGCACCGGAGAAUAGAAAGGUUGCCAAUUCAGCUGCUAAGAAGAAGGCGCCACAAAAGGGAAGUACAUCAGUGGAUGAGUUUCUGCACUCCUUAGGUCUUGAGAAAUAUUCCAUUACAUUUCAAGCAGAGGAAGUUGAUAUGACAGCUCUUACACACAUGACUGAUGAAGACCUAAAGGCCAUAGGAAUACCAAUGGGCCCAAGAAAGAAGAUACUUCUAGCUUUGGAAUCAAGAGGAUGACUUUUGGAAGUGGUAUAUGUUUUGUAGCUCGAUCUUGUCAUGGAUUUUUUAUAUGGCAGAUGCACUUGAGAUGUUUGUGUUUGUAUUGAUUAAGAUCAGCUUUCAGUUUAGCUUCUUUUCUUCUUCAGCAGACCUUGGUUGUAUUGAUUAAAUUGGCUCUUAGGAGUUCGUAAUUGGCAUCAAACCCCAAUGGUCGUUACAAUUUAGUACAUUGGAAUGAGUAGAAAUAUUAAUUUUGUCA